UGAUCUAUAUUUCAUAAAACAACUCAUUCAAACUAAAAAUCUCAAAGCCAUGGAAACCUCCUCUCACUCUCUCUCCAUUGAGAGCUUCUCUCACAGCUGGUCGGUGAAUCCGGAAGGCUCUUUCCGGGGCUCCGAUGAAGCUUCCUUCAUUGAAAUGGAUCCUACACUCCCCCCUUCUCAGAGAUUCUUCAGCGUUAGCCUCCCGGAGUUUAGCAGCUUCGACUUUCCGGUGUCGGAAUCUCCAUUGGCGCUCCUUCAUGCCGAUGAGCUCAUCUCCAAUGGCUUCCUCGUGCCUCUGUUCGCCCAACCUAUCAAGUCCGACUCCUUCGAUCGCGCUUUCGAUUCGCCUCAACAACCUACCAAACAAGAUCAGGUCCGUUCAUCCGACGAAAUCCGUUGCGCCCCGCUGAAAAGAUGCCAGAGAUUAUCCAGGCGGAUCUUCCGCCGGUAUUUGGACGUAAUUAGGCCGAUUUGUGUGAAACUGCGGAGAUUCGGAUUCGCCUACGGACGGAGAAGCUCCAGAGCGGAGGAGAGGAAGAGAUAUGAAUUUUCCGGCGCGGUUUCAACCGGCGCGGCCUACUCUGAUGAUAACUGGCGCCGGUCUUGCGACUCCGAGAGCUCGAUCCACGAGGCGGUUCUGCAUUGCAAGAGAACCAUCGUUGGGGAUAAAUGAUGAGAUGAGAUGAGAGUGUGGGACAUGUGAAGAUGAUAAGUAGGCCGUUUCCGUCAAUUUUUUUUUUCUUCUCUUCUCUACUGUGCUGUACUGAUUUGUUUUCUUGGGGAAGUAAAAAAAAUGGCACUUUGGCAA